AUGCAUUGGAUGGUUGCUUCUUUCUACAUACUUUUACAAUUUGUCGAUAAAUCGAUGAAUUUAUGCACAGUUAUCAGUUACAAUGAUAACACUAACAUAUCACUAAGAUGGGACAUAGAUGAUAAUCAAAUGAAACGAUGCAUUCAACAAAUACAACAAAAUACAAAUUCGAAAGAAAAACACAUUGUAUUCGAUGAUAGAAACAAUCAUAUAACACAGUUUUUUUAUGUUUUUGAAAAUUCUUUUGCCUCAAAGAAUAUCACAUGUUUUACUAACAAUGCAACAGAUGAAAUAUAUAAUAUAACAAUUUCAUGUAUGAAUUUUACUGAAGCAUCAGCUGCUCUGGAUGAUAGGAUGGAAUAUUAUAGCUGGAAUAGUUCUAUGAUCUCUUCAUAUUAUGCAAAUUAUACAUCUACAACAAUGAAACCGUUACCGGAAAAAUGGAUUCGAAUAGUUCGUGUUGGAUUGGCUAGCUUUUCCGUAUUUCUUGCUAUUAUUACAGUUUGUGUUAUUUUAUUCCUAUUUGUUGUUCUUCUCAAAUGCAUUCAACGAUUAUUGUUGGUUAGACGAAUGCCAACAUCACAGUAUUCGAUUAUCAAACAUAUUAUCACUGAUGAAGCAAUUGAAGAUGUAACGCAAGAAUCAAGUUGUCAUAAUUCAGCAGUAUAUUAUAGACAAAAAAUAUCUGCAUCCAGAUUAUUACAUCUAAAAGAUAUACGAUUUGGCAUUUAA